AUGUGCAGCCCAGCCUGCAUCCGAGUAACCAUCAGAAUCCUCAAAAUCCUUGGCUACAUCAUCUUUGGCAUCCUAGCAAUCACAUCGGCUUUAUGCUUUCUCUGUGUAAGCUAUGUGACUCUAUUAAUCAUGCUCCCACCUUUGGAACGAGUUCACAUUCAUUAUAUGACAAAACUGACACGUUAUUUGGGAUACGAUAAUUAUGAACGUUGGGAUCCAAAUGCAAAGUUUUCUGCAUGGGGAGCCCCAUAUGAUGCAGCGUGUGGAGAGAUAAGGAUGGUGUUAUUGAAAUUGGAUUGUAUGGAACCGGCGAACACAUGUAUGGAGAAGAUAGUGAUGUUUGAGAGGGAUGAAUGGAUAAGAAUGAAUCGGAGUGUUCAGGAAAAAAUAUUUCAUAAUGUUUCAAAGGAGUGCUUUCAAGCAAUGAACGACCCCAUCAUCAGAAACCAGUCCUUUUAUCAUGGCAGAGAUUGUUUCAUGAAUGUGUCUCGAGAGUUUUGUGCUCUCGAUAUAUUAUACUACCUCGAUUCUUACUAUGAGUUCUUUUUGAAAUUCGCAAUGACACCAACGCAGGACGGAUGUGGAAUUUAUGAGAAAAUACUAUCGUUAGACUGUCAGGAUUCUAUGGAAGAUUUUAGAGAGUCUGUAGUAAGGUUAAAACUUGGAAAUCAGACAAAAGAUGAUUAUUUGGAAGUUGCAAAACUUUGUGAUGAAAUGCAGAAUUGCAUAAAUAAUUUGACUACAAGCUGUGCAAUCUCUUUAGAAUUUAAAAGAAAAACUAAGGAAUAUUGUGAAAAAAUGCAUUUCUUGGCAUCCCCAUUCUGGCAAUGCAUCCAAAGAUUGAAAACCGAAAAUGUGAAACCGGAUCUAAUGAAAUAUGUAUGCCUCAUCGGACACGAACUUUCUGAUGACUCUACUGCCUGUCAACGAUUCAGUGGCUCGUCAGAAUGUAUUGAAGGUUUUAUGAUGGAUCAAUGUGGAUUCGAAUCAGUGGAAGGGUUCGAAGAUUCUUUGACCUAUUUAUUGGAAAUGUGGGAUUGCUAA